AUGUUGGAGCAUACAAAUCCAGGAACGGUUACAAAGUUGCACAAAUCAGAAGAUGGAUGCUUUCUUUAUGCAUAUGUUUCGCUAUAUGCAUCUAUCAAGGGUUGGGAGCAUUGCAGACCGAUAAUGGUUGUUGAUGGAAGUUUCCUUAAAGCAACAUAUAAGGGUACCAUAUUGACUGCUUGCACACAAGAUAUAGCUGGAAAAAUCCUUCCACUUGCAUAUGCAAUUAUAAAUGGUACUUUUGGUGUUAGGGAAUGGAUGUGUAUAGUUUCAGAUAGAAGCGAAAGCAUCUUCAAUGCCACAAAAGCUGUGUACCCAGACGUACCACAUUGUAUUUGCAUAUUUCACUUGUGGCAGAAUGUCAAGCGCACAUUCAAGAAACAUCACAAACAAUUGAAGGAUAUCUUCUUUGCUUUGGCUAGAGCUUACACGAUAGAGAAGUUUGACUACCAUAUGACAGAGAUGUGCAAAAUUGAUCCGAGGGUGCAGCCUUACUUGUUCGAAAUUGGCUACGAAAGGUGGUCUAGGGCAUACUCCAAAGUGAAAAGGUCAAUGGUAAUGACUUCCAAUAUUGCAGAGUCAAUUAAUGCAGCAAACAAAGAUGCUAGAGAGUUACCAGUAAUGCGAUUGCUAGAGUACAUGACAAAUUUGCUACAACAGUGGAACAACAAAAACAGGAAAAGUGCAAUGGAGACAUCUACAGAGCUUGGCGAAAAGUACGACAAACUCUUUCGAGAAAAUCUGAUUGCAUCGGAGCAAAUGACGGUGAGGCCUGCUACGAAGCAGUCAUAUACUGUGCUUGAAGGGGUAAGGCGAAAUAUAGUGUGCCUUGAAGAGGGAACAUGUAAUUGCGGCAAAUUUCAAAUGGAUGAACUUCCAUGUCUGCAUGCUUGGGCGGUUUUGAAGAACCAGCAGCUGAAACCUGGCCAAUAUUGCUCUUUUUACUACAAGAAGGAUAACCUCCUUAGAACUUAUGAAUUUCCAGUGAAUCCGAUGCCAUAUGAGAGUUUAUCGGUAAUCCUAACAGAGGUGCUGGAAGAUGUGGUCCUACCACUUAAAGGGAGAAGGAAUGCAGGAAGGCCAAGAAAGGAAAGACUCAAACCUGCUUCAGAGAAAGAGUCUAAGAGGGCGUUUUCAUGUUCUUUGUGUGGACAAAGUGGUCACAAUAGAAAAAUAUGUAGGAAUCGACCAAAAAUAAAUAGUUGA